AUGGCAAGUACCGACAGCAACCGGCGGAGUAGUAGUCCUCGUAGAGUUGACACUUCUGGCGAUCAAUCACCCGAGACAUCGGCACCCGCCAAGCGUACACGCGUUUUGCUGUCAUGUCACCCUUGCCGUGCCUCAAAGCUCAAAUGCAACCGCCUCACGCCCUGUGGCCAGUGCUUGAAGCGAGGCAAGGUAGAUGCAUGUGUCUAUGCUCCUCGGGUGGAGAAGACCAAACCCGCAAGGACAAUGGCUGCAAGGUUAAAACGCCUUGAGGGUAUGGUGCGCGGAAUGGUCGAGGCAGAUGGCGGCGUCGCCGGCGAUGAUAAAACUCAGGGCGAACCGACUCAAAGUGAACAGGGCGGCUCUGUUGUCUACAAUGAGCGGGGCACGAAUUACGUAGGCGGCACACACUUCAUGGCCAUCUUAGAAGACCUCGAGGAUCUCAAAACAUAUUUCGAGGAUCCCGAAGACUCAGAUCUCGAUGAAGAAGAUCCGUACGAGAGCGUAGGUCCUAGCGAACUGCUCAUGCUGUCGAGGGGGGCUCCUCGCAACAAAGAAGAUUUGAUAGCCUUGCUACCGAGCAAAGGUGUUAUGGACAGGCUGAUGAAUCGUUACUUCAAUGCAAACAGUCCAUGUCAGCACAGAUACGCAGCGGACAUCCACUGGAUAGCCAUUUUAUUCAUGAUCCUAGCGCUUGGCAUCUAUUUUUCUUCCUUCCAUUCGCCACAGGAGCUAGAAUUGGAUAGCUCUAUGCCAGCCAUGGACCGGUUCCGGCAGUACCGAGGCGCGUGUGGUUGUGCGUUGAUGUACGGGAAGUACUCACAUCCUGGUCCCUUCACCCUCCAGGCGAUGUGUCUUUACCUGGAGGGCGACUUUCUUGCCAAUCGCGUCUCGCAAGUGAACUGUUAUCUUUUGUGCUCGACCAUCAUGCGCUUGAUGAUGAAGAUGGGCCUACAUAGGGACCCCGACAAAUUGCCGCGUAUCUCACCGUUUGAAGGCGAGAUGCGGCGGCGAAUGUGGAAUUUCGCUGUCCAGAUCGACUUGAUGGUCUCGUUUCACUUGGGAUUACCCUGCAUGAUCCAUGGCAUUGAGAGUGACACAGCCCUGCCUCGCAACCUUCUCGACUCAGAUUUUGACGAAGACAGCACGGAACUCCCACCAUCGCGCCCCAAUAAUGACUAUACACCAAUCUCCUAUCCGAUCAGUAAGUCGAAAGUAGCGCGAGGAUUUGGCCUUGUUGCACGUUUGUCUCACUCCUUGACUUUACCGACGUACGCCGAGAUUAUGCGCGUCGAUGCCCGCGUCCAAGAUGCAUGGUCGAGCGUACCAUCAUUCUUUCGGGUCAAACCUCUUUCUGAAAGUGUCACCGAUCCGCCGAUGAUCGUUAUCCAACGAUUCGGCCUUGCUUCUUUAUACCAGAAGGGUAGAUGCGUAUUGCAUCGCCGAUACCUCGUCGAUCCUCGACGACUCAAAGAGCACGACUACUCCCGCCGAACGUGUCUCGAGGCUGCUGUGGCGCUUUUAAGCUACCAGAGCAUCUUGGCUGAUGCGACCAAACCGGGAGCCCUCCUUGCGGCAAAUCGGUGGUUUAUUGCUUCUUUGGCGAUCAACGACUUCUUGUUGGCCGACAUGGUGGUUGCCCUUGCAGUGCAGCAGGAGAACGAAAAUGAGGACGGCACCGACUGGAUGGCCACGUGUACGCCGCCUUUGGACAAGGAUUCGUUGAUUCAGAUGCUCGAGCGUUCUUUCACUGUCUGGGAAGAAUUGGCUGUCACAGUAGCGGAUUGUCGCAAGGCAGUGAGCGUCGUGCGAACGAUGCUCGAGAAGAUAUACGCACAACAGCGGAGGAAUUCUGACUUUCCGAGUGAGAGCAUCCCGACCGGGUCGACCAGCAGCUAUGACGAGCAGACCUCAUCCAUGGCCGAUAUGAGUCUGGGAAGUACCUGGACCAAUCAUUCCUCUGACGGGUAUGGCGGCAUCGAUCACAGCAAUGGCAUGAAGCCCUCAGCGUCUGACGUUGAAAACUUCGGCAUGAUGGACCCGAAUCUCGUCCCAGCAGGGGGCCACGAUGAUAGCGGAGAUGCUCAGUCGCAUAUGAGCACGACAGACCCAUGGGGUGUUCCACAGAUGCAGAGCGGAUACGACUGGAAUCAAUUUGAUGCCCUGACCCGGGGUCCUACAGAUCACAUAGCGCAAGUUCCACAGCUGUCGCAGAUGCCGCCGACUCCUCAUAAUUGGAUCGACCAAAAUACGUACAAUGAUUUCGGGGACUUCCUGGCUACUAACUCGUGGAAUUCAACAUUCCCUGGUAUGUAG